UACUCAAAGUUAGGAAUAUAGGGAGGGGUGAUUGUCUUGUAUUUUAAUGUUUACAACUGAUUGAAAUAAUCUUACUGAUAAGUUGCUGACAUAUUUUUAUAUACACUUUUAUAUCAGUUAUUUACAAAGAAAUGAAUGAUCUUGUCUGUACGUAUCUUGCCACAUAUGAUUUAAUUAAACACUUAUUUGUACAACGCACGUCGACUGGCGGGAAUGUCUCUCAAUAAGAUGGAUCUGUCAUCAUUUGAAAAAGACAGAAGUAAAAAUUGUACACUAGAAUCUCCAAUAGAUGAUCGCUUGAAGAAUGAACCAUGCUGGCUUGGCAUCGAUGAAGCAGGCCGAGGACCUGUUCUUGGCCCACUUGUGUAUGGGAUCUGCUUCAGCCCAAUUGCUGAUAAAGACAAAUUCAGAGAAAUGGGAUUUGCAGACUCUAAGACACUUACGGAGGAGCAGCGUGAAAGCAUCUUCCAAAAGAUUUGUGAAACAAACAACAUGAUUGGCUGGAUGGUAGACAUCUUAUCUCCAACAUACAUCUCAAGGAGCAUGUUACGAAGGGCGAAAUAUAAUCUAAAUGCCUUAUCACAUGACUGUGCAAUUGGACUUGUGCAAAAGGCUUUGAACAGAGGUGUCAACAUUGCAGAAGUGUAUGUUGACACAGUAGGAGACCCUGCAAAAUACCAGGCCAAGAUGCAGGAUAUAUUUCCAUCCAUUCAGGUCACAGUAGCAAAGAAGGCCGAUUCUUUGUUUCCUGUUGUCAGUGCUGCAAGUAUUUGUGCCAAGGUGGCCAGAGAUAGAGCUGUUAAAAACUGGCAGUUUGCAGAAGGGGUGUACAUUCAAGACAACAACUUUGGAUCAGGUUAUCCUAAUGAUCCCGCUACCAAGAAGUUUCUAAAGGAAAACAUCGAUGACGUCUUUGGGUUCCCCAAUUUUGUCCGCUUUAGUUGGUCCACAGCAGCCCUGAUCUUGGAACGAGAAGCAGUUUCUGUGGUAUGGGAAGAUGAUGAAGUUGAAACCCAAGAGUCUUCUGGCACCAGUUCUUUGUUACAGUAUUUUAAAAAGGCAGAUGAAGAUCAGAAAAUGCAGAGGCAUCGUUUUUUUACUGAAAGUUCACUUAGUCAUUUAACAGCCCUUUAACACAGCAUGAAAGUAUGCAAAGCAUUUAUAAUUAGCAACCACAGGAAAGUAAAAGUGCUGGUGAAUUUAAA